AUGUCUCCAUCAGUUGACCUAGAACUCAUGUGCCAGGGACAUUACUAUAGACAAGCAGGUCGGUUUAACCUCUUCCACCUGGAGAAGUUCCUUAGUGCCAUAGAGCGCUAUGCCGAACAAGUCAACCGAUCUUCGGGCGUGCUGGCAGCAUGGCUAUUACAGCAGAAGCAUGACUACGGCGACGGCGAUGCGCUCUGGCGUGUCGGAAAUAGAAUGACCUAUGCGGAUAUUUCAUUCAUAUCCUGGAAUAGGGGAUUAGCCAGUUUCUCAAAAAGAGCAAGCACGACCAAACCAAGUUUUUGUUUCUCUAAGAGUGGUAAAGCAAAAUUAUCUCGCUGGCGCCGGUCAAAAGAGUGCUUGAGCGAGCUCUUCAAGAAGGGAGUUUCAGCCUCGUCAUGUGCAGACGCUACCCCGCAUUCGCCUCUGGUGUUUUCUGCCUGCGGCGCCAUCGAAACCGAGAUGACCACCCUGUCCCAGGAUGAUCUGGCAGAAUUGCCUACACCAGACAUGAUAACUCUACUCUUCAAGUGCCACAAGUCCACGACCGCGCUGUCUGUUUUACCAACAAGGCCAUUCAUCGAGAUCAAAGCUCUGUUGCUCGCGGCCCUUGAAUCGCGGAACCUCAAAACACUGCCAGACUCCAGCGCGCCUCUCCCAGAAGACCCAGAAGAGUUGGAAUUUGGUGUGCUGGCGGACAAGAAGGACCCGAGCAAAGGUUGGAUUCCGCUGGACAUGAAGGAGCAAGAGAUCACCGGCGCUAAGGGCAAUAAGAAGAAAGUGGGCGGGAAGUCCUCCAUUCUGAAUUCAAAUCCGCUGGCGGCUGGUCUCGGCGAUGGGGCCUGGAUAGCAUAUCGACUAAAAGUGAAGCACAAAGAACCACAAGUGGAAGACGAAGAUCACGAGAGUGGUACUCCAGACGUUGAGAUAGACGAGGACCCUGGAUUCGAUGUGAUCCUUCCAAGUUUCGAAGACGAGGCUGAGUGA